AUGGAACCAACUUUUAGUAAUCUGCUGAAGAUCUCGCUCGAAAGGCAGUAUCCACCCACCACAUUCGCCAAGCUUUUCAGAGAUUUUGAAAAGAAACAAGCCAACACAAACAACGGGAGGAUAGAUACCACACCCUUGUACAUAGACAGUGGAGACAACUACCUCCAAAGAAGCUACAUUUUUGAGAUAUUGGUCGGGUCAGAUUUAGAGAAUAACUUCGAGGAGUUUAUCAAUUUUUUUUCAGUUGUAUCUGAGAAACUCAAAUUUAAUGACCAGCAUUCGGUACUCCUGUUCAUAAAUCAGACGGCAGAGAAGUUCCCAUGGAAAAAUUACGCUCAAAAUGUCUUGGUGUUGAACUGUCUUUCCGCAUACUCUAAGUAUCUAGUUUCCAACUUUGUUGAAUCCGAGGAAUUUACCCGAAUUUCAAAUCUGUUUGUGAAAAUCUUAAUAAACAUAUUCAAAGUUUCCAAUGCAUUCAAGUUGAAUGAGAACUUUGUUCAAACGACCACGGAAUUCAAGCUAGAUGAGAAUUUUGUUCAAUCGACUACGGAAUUUAUGGAGUGGUUGAACGCAAAGUCAUUGCAUGACGCUUACAAGCCGCUCAACUUUUAUCUCGGCGAAUAUGUGAAAUCAUCUGUCAAGUUUGGAUUCAGCUCUAAUGACCCAUCACAUCUUCAAGGCUCUGAAUUAGUCGACUCCUUGAAUUUUUCCAAAAGGAAACCUGCUAAGUUGAGUGAAAAGGAUAACAUUAAAUUGCUCAAAAUCAAGAAAAUUAUCUGGCUAUCUCAAAAAAUCACCAUAGAGUUUGUAAAUUUGAAUGAUCAAUUUAUCAUUGAUUUCAAAAAUUUGAUCAGUUUGUCAAACGUCUCGACGAUGGAAAGUGUUUCGAGUUUGUCAAUGGAAUUAUUGUCAGGUAUAAUACAGUGCAUUAAAAUCUCCAACUCGAGGAAUAAAGCAAUAUUUAGGGAGUAUCUUGUAUGUAAGAUUCCUUGGUUUUUGAAGUAUGUUCUUAAAAUAAACCAGAAUAAGUUAGAGAAAGUUUUUGAAACCUUAUCAAACGAUGAAUCUGAAUUUUUCACAUCCGACACCAAUCUUUUGUUUGAGUUACAAACAAACAUGAUAGAAUUAGAACUUCUUCGGGAAAACGUCCUCGAAUUUGAAAAAGGGAACAAAUUAUUAACUGAUGACCAACGCGAGCAGUCUUAUACAAUAGAGGAACUUAACCAAAAUUACACUUAUAAGUUUAUCGAAUGUAAUCCUGAAUUUACGUCCAUUGAAGAGACUGGUAUUGUUGACUUUGUGAAAAAGGUCAACAAAUCCAUCAGGUUGAAGCAUAAGUUUUGCGAUUUGUUUAUGGAGUCUCUUGAUUCUUUUAUGCUGACAGGGGACACUUUGAGAUUACGCAGAUUGCUAAUAUCUGCAUCGCUCAACUUUGAUGUUUUGGACAAUUUAUUACUUUAUUCUUCGCCAUACAAGCUUUUAAUACCUCUACUGAAAUUUUUAGAGAACCAAGUCACGCAAACUCCAGAAAACGCUGGCAUGAAUACUGAGGAAAGGUACCUCGAUCAAUCCAACCAGCCAGACCUAAUGAUGGACUUAGACAUUCCAGGUGAUGAUUCUUCCAAUGCCCAAGACUAUUUUAGUGACUUAUCCACCAUUUUAGUUUUCUCGCAAUUCAUAAUAGCUAGAUAUGCAUUAACUUUGAAAGAAUGUGACUUGAGCGCAAUUCCAAAAACACUUUCACUUUUGAAAAAUACAGGACUCAUAUAUGAUAAAGACACAAAAGAUGGGAAUCCAUUUCAGGAAACUAAGCUUGACGAUGAAAUAGUGAAUAAAUGGAUUUCGUCAAUGUUUGAUCCCUCCAAUGUCGACGGUAUUUCCGAUAGUUUGAUCAAACUUAGUACUCCACUUGACUAUUCUCAGUUGAUACCACGCAUAGUCAACGAAGCAAUUAUUUGUAACAACAUGGGGUGGCUCGAUGAUGAUACUCUUAUGGGAGGAUUAGAAUACAUGCACCAAAAAUUUUUGGUUGGAUGGAUGGCCUACGUUAUUGAAGAAAUCUGCAACUUGAAAUGGAAGAAUGGCGGAAAAGAACCUAAGAUGGAUGCAAUUCUAGAAAAAGUGCUCCAGCAACUAUUGGAGACCAAUACUUCGGACAGCAUUGAUAUCCAGGUGAUCAUAAAACUAGUAAAGGAAACAGAGAAGGAGAAAAUAUCUUUGAAUUUUCCUCAAGUGAAACUAGAUGAGCAGAUAUCAGCUGGUAAGUUAACACUCGAUCAAAGUUGCCGCAAUAUUAUAAAGUUUGUUUCUCCCAAUGAGAAAGACAAACAGGAACAUCCCGAGUUUGAACUGGCUCAGGUUUGGUCCUUGCUAUUGUCCCAGAACUUGGCUGUUGAUUACCUAUACGAGGAACUCAAGUCGCUGAUUCAGGAUUCUCAGAUUUCUGCCGAAUUGUCUUAUGAAUUGGUGAGCAUCUUGCUGGUUAUGUUUGCUCGUUGGGUUGUUGGAGAUAGCAUUAAAACCAAGUGGCCUGUAAGUUUGGCGCAAAUUAAUGAUUCAGACCAGUCGGCCACUGAAUUACAGAUGCUGAGUCUCAUUUUCAACAGGAAACCAGCCACUAUCGCCGUCAAGGGGUACAAGAAAAGGAUAGAAACGAAGACGGAGAAUGACGAAAACAAGGUGGAGUCAGGGUUCUUUGGCUUUAUUCAAGAGCCGAAGUCUGACGAAAGCGAUAACAACAUGACGAACCUCGUAGAAGAGGCGGAGAAAGGGAUCGACAUAUAUGGAGAGAACCUUCUACUCAUUGCGUACGAGCAUAAGGGAGAUCGCACCACUGAGACCUUCUUGCGCAAGGUUCUGGACCACCUCGGCUGA